GUAUUAGUCUGAGAGAUUUCUCCUAUAUAAAGCGCCUGCCGCUGUAGUAGAUAGUUAUUUGAUUGCUCCUCGCUUGGUGUCGACAAGCUUUACUUACGCUUCUAAUGUCGCUUUAUUUUCCCAAAACUUUGGAAAUUAUUGAACAUGUGGCUUCUUUAUAUGAUGGCAGCGAUUCUAGCGGGAUUAACUUGCUUGGAGGCUAGGAGGUACCGCUACUGCUCUGAGGGCUGUUGUCCGGAGGAAUACUGUGCCUACAAGCUGAUUUGCUACCCGAAAAUCCACUGUUCAUUUGGAUGCCCCGACGGUAGUUGUCAGCAGGAGAUCUGUAUGCCAGCUAAAAAUUGCACAAUGGACACUGAAUGCGGAUUUGCACAUGCGUGUACUUUUAACUAUAAUCUCGGAUAUAAAUCCUGCCAGUACAAUUUGGAAAUUGGGAAAACACUUUGUGUAGAUUCGCAUGGAAAUUCCCUACUUAAACCUGUAACUUGAAGCAUGCAAUGGUUCCAGUUGUGAGUUUUGGGUCGCUAAAAUGUAACGCGCGUUUACUUGUGACCGGAUACAUAUCAAAUAAAUUCUCAUUUUUUAUUCUUUAAAACUAUACCAUGCUCAGGUUAUUUUCCAUUUGUUCCAUCGCUUUACCAAAACUACCAUACCUUGUUUUGUUUUAUGAUUUCAUUCUAAAAUGGUUAUGUUUACUAUGUUUACUGUUUGUUGUGAAAGUUUCUGAAUAUGAUUCAUACGAUUAACGCCACUAAUGAUUAAAUAUGCACUAGUCUUGUCGUAAAAAAUAUAUCAU